AUGCCUGCUUACGAACUUCGCUCCGGUGGUGAUGUCAAGAACAAGAAGCAGAGUGUCGCCGACCUCAAAUACCGCCGUCUGACUGAGCUCAAUGCACGCCUGAAGGAGGAUCUCGAUCGCCCGCGGGUCAAGGUGUCUGAAGCUGCGCUCUCUCUCAUCAGCUACUGCAACAAUACUCGCGAUUUCAUGGUUCCCUCGGUCUGGGGUCAGGUCGACAAGCGUGAGGACCCCUAUGCCCCUCAGCAGCAGGGCGGCUGCUGCACCGUCAUGUAA